AUGCGGUUCUCCACGCUUCUGUCGGCUUUAAUUGGCUUCACAGCCACUGCUUCUGCCAAGCCAAUCAGCAUCGACAUCACAAAGAGCCUGAUCCGAGACAACAACGGCUUCACAGAAGUGGCUCCAGUUGACAUCACAGAGGUUGUCAUCACUAAAGACAACACUCUGAACGGCACCCACACCGGAGACGAGCUCAUCACUCGCCCUCCCACCGAAUCGGACCAGCAAUCCAUCCAGGCAGUCGAUGCUGUUGUCGCCACACUCCCUCUGCAGUUCACCAACAACUUUGGUAGCGCUGUCAACGCCUACGUAGUCGGAUAUGACUCCAACUCGGCUGUUGUCUUUGUUCGUCAGGACGGUAGCCUCGUUUACCCAAGCUCGGGCGGCUCAGCCGUCCCUGUCCCCAUCACCACAAACGUCAAGAUCCCCGUCGCCGCGGGCCAAGUAGCUACCAUGAGAAUUCCCAUUGCCAUGCACUCGACACGCAUUUACUUCUCUGUUGGCGACUUGAACUUUGGUGUUGUCAAGACUGAUAUCGGAGAAGGCCUGGUCCAGCCUGACGAGAAGAACCCAACAGACCCCAGCUCUAAGCUCAACUGGGGAUUUGUCGAGCUUACACUCAAUCCUGACGGUAGCUUGUUUGCCAACAUUAGCUAUGUGGACUUCAUGGGUCUUCCCCUUGGAAUGAAACUCGAUGUCAACGGUGGUUCCGCCCAGACGGCAUACGGUCUCAAGGCCAACUCCGUCAACUCUGCUUGCAGCGAUCUCUCGGCCCAGCAGGCCCAGGAUGGAGCUCCCUGGGCUGCUCUUUGCCAGUCCAACUCUGGCGGCCUCAUCCGAGUCAUCUCCCCUAACUCAUAUUCUGUGACCAACCCCAACGGGUUCGGCACGUACUGGGAUAACUACAUCAACCAGGUCUGGAGCAAGUACAGCAACGAGAAUCUGAUCAUCGAUACCCAGGCUGGAUUCGGCAAGCUGAAUUGCCGCGUGUCUGGAAACCAAAUGACCUGCGACGGCGGUGACAACCGCGCCUACCCCAAGCCCACUGCUCUCGAUAUCUGGGGCUGCAACAGCGGUCCUUUUGCCAGGCAGGCGAGCGACAACGAACAGCAUGUUCGUGUCAUCCCCCGUCUCUGCUCUGCUUUCGUCCGUAGCACUCUGCUCCUGGCGGGUGGCAACGUCCAGCCAAGCCUCCCACAGAGCACCUACUACUCUGUGAACCCAUCCAACCACUACGGUCGCCUCGUGCACAAGUACGAGAUUGACGGCAAGGGAUACGCGUUCCCUUAUGAUGAUGUCAACCCUACCGGGAGCGAGAAUGCUGAGGGUUCUGUUUCCCAUGGCUCGCCUAACCUUCUCACCAUCUACAUCGGUGGCCAGUAA